UAAGUCCAUCCUUCAUUAGCUUUACCCUACCGUGGAAUACGUAACCUUUAUCUUUCUACUUGGUCUGAUAAAUCAUCCAUUUAUACGGAUCACCCAAAUUACUAUUACAAAUACAAAGUUAAAAACGUAAAAAAAAAAGAAACGUUUACAUAUUACUGAAUGAAAUAUGUCUACAUUACUAUCAAAUGAAUCCCAAAUGAGAUACGUAAUAGGAUGGUUCAGAGAAUGGUCAGAAAUGCAGAGAGGAGAUUUCUUAGAAAUAUUAUUGGAACAAUGCGGUCCUCCAGGUUUAGUCAAUGGAUUAGUACCAGGAAUAGAAAACAUGAGUUGUAAAGAAGGUUCCGAUAGACCUCCAAGCUUAUUUCAAUGUAGAGUAAAAUUGUUCAGAGAAUGGAGCCAAAAUUGGUCUCAACAAGAGAAAGAUUCAGUGGUUUCUUCAAUUAAAAGUUUUGAUGUUAGAUUCGCUGGGAAUUAUGAACAAAGGUUAUCCUUAUUGAUGGAAGAUAAUUAAAGGACAUCUGUCAUUAUGUUCGAGUUAAAUUAAUUUCAAGUAUGAAGCACGUAGAAAAAGAAUUUUGAUAUUCAAAUAAAAUACAAGAGAGAGAGAGAGAUAAAAAGAGUUUAUUUAUGAGUAUUGUACUAUCGAAUAAUCAUCAGAACUUAAACGGUAAACCAUAUGAAUAGCGAAAGGGAAUAUUCAUGUGAUAUUUUUUAUUCUAAGUUUACUAAUUCAUCGUCCAUAAUCCUCGCAUCGAAUUAUUAUAUAGGAAAAAAUAUUAUUAUUAUUCAUGAAAGUGAAUUUAUUAUGUUUUUAUAAUAUGCGAAUUUUUAACUAAAGAAAUUUCACUUUCAAUGCGCUUACUGCAUCGGUACAAUUUUUUACAAAUAAUUAUAACUGUAUAUUUUUUAUCAUGAAACAUAUUUAUGAACAAUCUGUCUAUGAGAGUUACAAGAAAAAAAAACGAUACCGUUUUAUCCCCAUAAUUAAUGAUAAUCAUUUUUAAUUUAUAAAUUACGAUCUUAGAAUAAUCCAUUGUUAUAGAUAUAAAUAUAUAUUCCAUAUUGUCAGUAUUUAUAUUGCAUGUAUUUGGAUGUGCGUCAUUAAAUAUAUCAAGAAAAUA